AUGAAAUACGGCUUUAAUAUUUAGAUUCACACUGCACUUUUAUAUUAGAACUGAAUAAUGUGCAAACACUUUAAUGUUUUUUAAGUUUAUUUUCAACAUGAGAUGGCUAACUGCAAAAGCAAAGCUUCACAUUGGAGAUAUGCUUAUGCAGAGGAUAUCAUACUACAUUUAACCAUUGUUCCAUUGUUGUCCAUUAUAAUGAGUGUUCUUAGUUCUGCUGUUCUGUGUCAUACUGUAGCUUUAAUUUUCUUUCAUACAGCAAUCUCCAUAGCAAUUGACACAUUAAGUCUGUCCCAAUCAAUUAUUGAUGGCCAAACCUUGGUAUCUGCCAGAGAAAAAUUCCAGCUUGGUUUCUUCAGUCCAAACAAUUCAAAUAAUCGAUACUUAGGAAUUUGGUACUACAACAUCACACCUCAAGCCAUUGUCUGGGUAGCAAACAGAAAUUACCCCAUUAAUGAUUCAUCAGGUGCCGUGAAGAUUGGGGACGAUGGGAAUUUGAUCCUUUUCCACCACACACAAAGUAUCGACUGGUCUAUAAAUUAUAUCAAGAAUAUGUCAUCAAAAUCUAUUGUUGCACAGCUCCUAGACUCCGGAAAUCUUGUUUUGAGGGAUGAAAGCAACGGGUUCAAAGAAAGCAACCUUUGGCAAAGCUUUGAUCAUCCCUCGGAUACUUUGUUAACAGGCAUGAAGCUGGGAUGGGACUUGAGAAUUGGUUUAAACCGAUAUCUCACUUCAUGGAAGAGUGAAGAUGAUCCUUCUCCUGGUGAAUUCACUUAUAGUCUCAAUCACAAGGGUCCACCACAUUUAGUCCUUCGCAAGGGAUCGGUUAAGAUAUUUCGUAGUGCAACAUGGGAUGGAGUGCAGUUCAGGGGGUUCUCUAUUAGUCCUGACCUUGCCUUCAUCCCCAAGGUUAUCUCUAAUACAGAAGAGGUGUAUUUUGAAUCUGCCUUCUACAAUGAUGAGUCUACUCUAACAAGGUUGAUGUUAAGUCACUUUGGUGAAUCUCAACGCCUUGUCUGGAACAGUAGUAGCCUUGAAUGGGUUGUCAAGUAUAAAACUCCCAGCGAUGAUUGUGAUAAUUAUGCUGUGUGUGGUCCUAAUGCUAUUUGCACAAUUAGUGAUCUAAGCAUGUGCAGCUGUUUGACUGGAUAUAUGCCUAAAUCAUCACAAGACUGGGAAGAAUUUAAAAGGUCGGGUGGAUGCAUUCGCAAAAAUCAGUUGAAUUGUCCUGCAGGAGAAGAAUUUAUAGAGAUUGCGGGUGUGAAAAUGCCUGAUUUGUUGCAAUUUUGGGUGAACACUACAAUGACCAUUGAGGAAUGUAAAGCAGAGUGCUUGAAGAAAUGUUCUUGUACAGCUUAUGCUAAUUUAUAUGCUACUAAUGGGGGUAGCAGUUGCUUGCUCUGCUUCAGAACCAGAGUUCAAGUCAUAUUCCAAGAUGAAAAAGAGGGUGGCUUUGGCAAUCACGGCAUCAAUUGUUUUCUUUGUGCUGUUCAUUGUCUCUCAUAUCAUUUGGAAGAGAUCACAGCAAAGAACGGUCAACCAAAGUUCUGGAUCACAAUUUGUCAAAUUGGAGGGCCUGUUCGCCAAGGAUUAAGGAAACAUUCUUUGACUGUAUGUCAUUGUUUUGCUUUGCUUAAGUAUCAAGAAAGUGAUGCAGGUAUACAGCUGGAGAUCCAAUCAAGAGGUGAGGAGAACCUAGAAUUGCCCAUCUUCGAUAUGUUCACUGUUGCAGAAGCAACUCAUAACUUUUCUCCUUCAAACAAGAUUGGAGAGGGUGGUUUUGGACCAGUUUACAAGGGACAACUAUCAACUGGACUAGAGAUAGCAGUGAAGAGGCUUUCACAGAGUUCCCAUCAAGGUCUCAAUGAAUUCAAAAAUGAGAGGGCUCCUUAUCUUCAUCGAGAUUCAAGAUUAAGAAUUAUUCACAGGGAUCUUAAAGCUAGCAAUGUGCUCCUAGACACUGAGAUGAAUCCCAAGAUUUCAGAUUUUGGCACGGCAAUAGUUUUUGGAGGAGAUCAAUCAUCAGCAAAAACAAACACAGUGGUUGGAACUUAUGGUUAUAUAUCUCCAGAGUAUGCAAUUGGUGGGAUCUUUUCGAUAAAAUCAGAUGUCUUUAGCUUCGGAGUUCUAGUGUUGGAAAUAGCAUGGAAACUAUGGGAUGAAGAAAAAGCAUCUGAGCUAAUAGAUCCGCUGAUGGAGGAUUUGUUUCCGAUGUCUGAGGUAUUAAGAUGCAUGCAAGUAGGCCUUCUGUGUGUGCAACAACGACCUGAAGACAGGCCAACAAUGUCAUCAGUGCUCUUAAUGUUGGAUAGUGAGAGUGCAAUGCUGCCACAACCUAAGCAACCAGGUUUCUACACAUUGAGGAGUCCUUAUGGGAGUGAGUCUUCGCUAGCUGGAAGAAUUUGUACAACGAAUGAGGGCAGAACAUAUAACAGAAACAUAAUGCAGCAGUUACCGGGUGAAGUGUCUGAAGCCAUAAAUCUGGGGCUUAUGGCAAAUUGA